AAAAGUAAAAAUAAAAUAGAGUUUCUAUUCUACACCUGUCUUUCUCUUUCAUUCUUUUGUGCAAAAAGAUGGAAUUAGGUGCAUCAUCUUUCUAUGGCUUUGCCAAUGUAAAAGCCCUUACACACAAAAACACAAACACCCUUUCAUCCACUUUCUACCAUAGCUAUUUGAUUUUUUGAUUUCUCUCCCCUUCGGUGAAAGCCUUGAAACCUUUCAGGCUUUUACAGAAGGUGGGAUUUUGACUAGAAAGGGGGUGGUGGUGACUGUUUUGAUUACGGAAAGGUUGAGUUUUUGGUUGAUUAGUGUCUCUAUUAUUGAACCUUGUUCAUCUUCUUUUUGUACAUGAUGGAAAAGUCAAUUUUUUUGUGAAUUUUCUGGUGAAUGUUGUUGAUGGGUCAGAAAAAAAUCAAUCUAGUUUUAUAAGCUUAUUUGCAGCUAGAUAGUUGGAUGAGUUUUGUUUUUAAGAAGGAAAGUAAUUUGUGAAUAAGGUAAGAUGGAGGAAAAUACUAGUUCAUGGUUAAGGAGGGCGAAAUACUCUCAGACAGUGUGUCAUCGUUUGGAUACAUCUAGAUUGAACAAUAUUCCAAUCCGCGAACAAUCGGAACAAAAUUCAAGACCUUCUUCGAAUGUUAAGAACAACCUUUUAGCCAACAAGCAGAGAUCUUUGUCACCUUUGCCCGAAACUUUUCUGAAUGAUGUCUUCAGAGAAGCUAGACAUGAGCAGAAGAGGUUCUCAACGCCUGGUCCUAGGAGGGACAAGAGAAUCAUGGGAAAGGUGUCGAACAAGGAUACUCGAGAAUCACCAAAGGUAUCGAGUACGAAAUUCCUUUCUAGUAGUCCAAAUGGGCAAAAGAUGUUCAAGGACAUUAGCAAGGAUGGUUCAUGGGGUAAGUAUUUUGAAAAUGGCGGCGGCGGUGGUGGAAAGGUCACUGCUUUGGAAACAGCUGAGGAGUGGACUAUUGACAUGUCUAAGCUGUUUCUUGGUCAUAAGUUCGCUCAUGGCGCUCAUAGUAGGCUUUACCAUGGUGUAUAUAAGGAGGAGUCUGUAGCUGUUAAAAUCAUUAGGGUACCUGAUGAUGAUGAAAACGGAGAGUUGGCUUCUAAAUUAGAGAAUCAGUUUGUUAGAGAAGUCACCCUUUUAUCUCGCCUCCAUCAUCGAAAUGUCAUAAAGUUCAUAGCUGCAAGCAGAAAUCCACCGGUUUAUUGUAUUAUCACAGAAUAUCUAUCUGAAGGUUCCUUGAGAGCAUAUUUGCAUAAGUUGGAGCACAAAGCUAUUCCUCUACAGAAGUUAAUAGCUUUUGCUCUUGAUAUUUCUCGUGGAAUGGCAUAUAUACACUCUCAAGGUGUCAUUCAUAGAGACCUUAAACCAGAGAAUGUCCUCAUUGAUGAAGACUUUCGCCUUAAACUUGCUGAUUUCGGCAUUGCUUGUGAGGAGGCAGUAUGUGACUUAUUGGCAGAUGAUCCUGGCACCUACCGUUGGAUGGCACCUGAAAUGAUCAAACGGAAAUCAUAUGGGAGAAAGGUUGACGUGUACAGUUUUGGGCUUAUCUUAUGGGAAAUGUUGACCGGAACAAUUCCCUACGAGGAUAUGAAUCCAAUCCAGGCUGCUUUUGCUGUUGUGAAUAAGAAAUUAAGGCCAGUUAUUCCUUCAAACUGCCCACCUGCAAUGCGAGCUUUGAUCGAGCAAUGUUGGUCGUUGCAACCGGAUAAGAGGCCUGAUUUCUGGCAAAUUGUCAAGGUAUUGGAGCAAUUUGAAUCUUCCCUUGCCCGCGAUGGAACCCUGACUCUGGUGCAGAACCCUCGUUGCCCAGAUCAAAAGAAAGGGCUUCUCCAUUGGAUUCAAAAGCUUGGUCCUGUGCAUCAAAAUAAUGGCCCUAAGCUUAAACCAAAAUUCACAUGAAUCUUUAAAAUGUCCUGGCAUUUCUAGUAAACCAGGUUCUUUGUAAUUAUAAAUGGAAGGUUUGUUUUUGUGGUUAUCUGGUUAUGUCAACUUUAUGACAUUCAUGUGACUGUAAAUUGAUUUUUAGGCAUGCAUAUUAAGGUGAAACAAUCUAUUGUUUACUUCAUGUGCACACACACCAACUAUAAUCAACUUAUGGCAUUGUUUGGUG